AUGGAUCGCGUACUGACAGGUGUGAAGAUGUGGCAGGUGAUCGUGGUUGCGUGUCUUGUGGCUGGUGCGGAGAGCCUGUCCAUGUCUGACAAGGAGCAUAACACGUCUUCGUUCAUGAAAGAAGUAUCAACGUUCAGCGAAUACCUGAACUCAUUUCUUGAUAUGCUGUAUCCACUGCCCGAACGAUCCCACAACCACGUGGUCUCGGGAGUUCAGAAAAAGCUUUUGGAGGAUCUUUCAGAUCCUGCGACAACAUACGCAAUAUGGCAGGCUGCGAUGGAGGUGGCGCAGGAGCACACCGAUGCACCUUCAAAAAUCGAACCUCGCAGGCUUAUUCCAGACGCAAUCAUGUUUCUUAUGAAGGCGGCUGACGCGGAGAAAUCUGGGGCAACAGAAGUAGCGACAAGCCUGAGAAAUGAAGCCGCGAUAAACUUGCAUUUAGCCAUGAAGCAGAUGGAGCAGCUACUUGGACUCAACAGACCUGCCGGUGAUUGGCAAGCUUUAGCAGAUCAUGGAACGAUGAUGUGGAGAGGCAAGAAUAACGAAGUGGCUGGGCGCGCAGCAGCCAUGCUGGAUGACAUUGCGGGAAUGUAA